AAGCACAGCAAAAUGAAGUUUGAUAACAUACUUUCAGACAUUAACGGCUUUGGAAAAUUCCAAAUUCAGCUAAUCUUGAUUCAGUCACUCUCUCGAAUCACACUGCCAUGCAACUUUCUACUGAAUAACUUUAUGGCGGCUGUACCGCCACACCACUGUGACCUCAGCCCUCUGGACUAUGGAAACGUCUUUAGGAACUUAACUCUGGAACAGAAACUGUCUGUCGGUAUUCCAGCAGAGUCAGACGGAACUCUCAGCUACUGUAAGAUGUAUUCAAAACCACAAUAUCAUCAUCUGUCGGGCUCAAACAGCAGUGACAGUGCUGAAAUAGUUCUGUGUCAGAGUGGAUGGGUGUAUGACAACAGCACCUUUAAAUCUACUUUGGCAACAGAGUGGGAUCUCGUGUGCAGCAGAAAAAGCAUGAACAAAGCAACAGCCACCGUUUUUUUUAUUGGUGUUAUGUUGGGUGCGCCUUUAUUUGGAUAUCUCAGUGACAGGUUUGGUAGACGGCCGCUCCUGUUGGUUUCUUAUCUGUCUUCCAUGGUGUUUGCAGUCCUGAGUGCGUUCUCCACAUCUUACAUAAUGUUUUUCAUCAUGAGAAUUUUUACUGGAAUGUCACUUGCAGGAAUAAGUAUAAUAAGUAUUGUCCUGAAUGUUGAAUGGUUCAGCAUUGAUCACCGGACCUUUGCUGGUAUAAUCGUAAGCCUGGAUUGGACUUUAGGGUCAUGUAUUCUGGUUGGAAUUGCAUACUGUGUAAAUCAGUGGAGGAUGCUAAUACUGGCAGUGACUUCACCCCUGAUACUGUCUGUCAUUGCAUGGAGGUGGCUUCCAGAGUCUGCUAGGUGGCUCUUGGCCAAUGGAAAGGCAGAAGAUGCUCUUUUUUAUAUCAAGAAAUGCGCUGAGACAAACAACAGAUCAGAACGCUUAGCAGACAUCACACCAAUGAAAUUACUGGAAUCUGCAGAAAGUGAUGCUGGAGUUAAGAACUACACAUUUUUAGAUCUUUUCAGGACCCCAAAUAUGAGGAAACUUGCCAUUUAUACAGGGAUAGUGUGGUAUGGAAUUGCCUUUACAUAUUAUGGAAUAAGCCUGAAUAUCACAGGGUUUGGACUAAACCCAUACCUAACACAGCUUUCAUUUUCAGCCAUCGAAUUGCCAAUGAAGAUUGUUGCUUUUUAUUCCCUGCAAAAAAUUGGGAGAAUGCCUGGAGAGGCAGUGGCCUUGAUUGUUGCAGGACUUUGUCUCUUCAUCAACAUGCUUAUUGCAAAAGAUAAACAAGUCAUCCACAUGGUUGUGGCCAUCACUGCAAAAGCCAUGUCAGAAUCAGCAUUUACUAUCAUGUAUCUGUUUACCACUGAGCUUUAUCCCACAGUUGUACGGCAAAAUGGCUUGGGCUAUACCUCCUUUUUGGCACGGAUGGGUGUGUCUAUAUCACCACUCGUCAUGCUAUUGGAGGACUUGUGGCAUCACCUACCUGCACUGACCUACAGUGUAGUGGCAAUUGGUUCUGGUUUAGUGGCUUCGCUGCUGCCUGAAACAUUAAAUAGUCAACUACCUCAGUUCAUCGAGGAUAUUGAAGAGCCAAGGGACACAAAGAAGAAAAAGGUGAAAUCAAGAUGUUACAAAUUAUUAAUGUAACAGGUGAUGCAACAGCUUUCCACUGAAAUACCAGUCUUUUUCAUUUCUGUUUUAAAAUGACAAUUUUUUGUUUUUUCAAGUUUGAUCUAAAUGUGAUUUUCAUGUACAGUCAGUCACAAAUUUGUUGAUUUCUCAACAUAGC